CCCGCAAAAACGGGAACGCAGACGGCUCGUGUCGGACACCAUCAUCAGUUGUCGUGUAGCAUCGGUCGUGUUUCAUGCCCAGUCAUUGACCGGGCCUUCUUUUUUUAUUUUUUUAUUGUUAUUAUUUUUUCAUUUAUUUAUUUUCCGACAAGGCCAAACAAUAAUUGAAUUUUGGUUUUUGGUUUUUUUAAAAUUCCGGGUUCAAAAGUUGGGAGGCAACGAUGUGGGCAGCGUGAAUAUUUCGUGUGCCAUUUCAUCGUCAAAUGAGUGCUGGUGAUUUUUUGGGUGUCAUCGAGUUUAGAAUGAUACACAUUUUCUACACCGAGAUCUGACGAAAGAGCAGUUCAAAGAAUAUUGCCUUGUUCUCUUGCUGUUGUUGUUGGCUGUUGUUGUUGUAAUUUAGUUCUUCGGUCGGCUGUUUUUCUUUUUCUUUUGCCGAGUCGCAGCGAAUGCUCUUUGCGGCCGCGUAGUGGUGAACGAAUCGACGGAGAGAUGGCGCUCGUGCUUCUCCCGUGCGACUUGCCCACCUGGCCGACGCUGCAGCGUCACCUGACCGCCAUGAAACGGGAAGUGCGCACGGCCGGCCAGCUCAAAGACGCCUUGCUCAAGAUCUACAACUUAUGCAAUACCAGCCUGGAGCCCGAUGACGAGUCUUUGGGCGAUCAGCGAGUCUUUGACGUCCUUUGCGAUGAGGUGGUCGACACCUGGCUCAGCGACGAUGAACGCCAGGACCUGUUCGACACUCAAUUGCCCACCAUGGUCGACUACGCCCUGCAACUGAAGAGCCUCAAGCCGCUGCGAGGACUUCACUUUAGUCUCCAACAGCAGAGCGAUCGAGUGGAGAUUGAUAGGCGUUUUGCGGCCUCGUUGGUGGCCCACGCCUUCUUCUCCACUUUCCCGCGCCGGACCGUCAAGACCCACCCGACUCUGCAGGAUUUCAACUUUGCCGGCCACUUUUUCCAGCACCUGAACAGGCGAUCGCAGCGGGCCAAGCUGCGUUCCAUCUUGCACUACUUCCAACGUUUGAACGAACGUCCGCCCGAGGGACACGUGACCUUUGCCAGGCAGGUCAUGUCGGGUCGUGAAUGGUGCACGCUGGAGGAUUGGCUGCAAUGCCGACGCCCACUGUGUCCGCUCGUGGUACGUCACGAUGGCCGCGUCGAGUAUCCAUCGUCCGAUUCGACGAUGUCUGUCAACAACAACCGGCCAAGUAUCGGCCAAUCGAGCGAACCACCGGCGGGAAUUCGAGUCUGUUUCGCCAGUCGUCGAAUCGGCGGAUCUUUUCUCGACGACGGCACUUCACAGGAGUGCGCAGCAUUUAGCAGCCAUCCCGAAUUGCUAUCCCUCUUGCCAUAUGUGGAGUCGCUGGAAGACAACGAGGCCAUCACGGCCAGUGGACUCUGCACCUACUCCAUUAUUCAUGACCUGAAAAACAAAGCCGUCUUUGAUGCAACAGCCGGCCAACAAACAACAACUGCCAACGCCGCCACCAAGACGGCGUUGACGACAACAUCGGCGGCGACGACGUCUCCGAUAUCGAGCUCAUCACUCCAACAGGUGACGCAAGCGCAGACUGCCAUGUGUCUGAUUGACGCGGAAGAUUACAGCGACUUACCCAUCCGUCAGUACGAGGAAGACAACGUUCUCCGCGAGCUCAACAAGGCCUAUUUGGGAUUUGGCCAGCAUUAUCCGGAAGCGGCGAGAGCGGAAGCGGCGAGAGCGGAACCGCCGCAACAGAAAGAGCAGCCGCAAUUAGAGCAACGUCUGCCCCUCGUUAAUGCUUCCAGGGACCUGUCGCCCAGCAGCCGACAGGCCAGCACGAUCACGGAUCACACGAUAAGUCAAGAUUGGGCGGAUUUGACCCGCAGCACGACAUUAGUGGCUUCAUCAGGCGAUCCUUCGUCCCCUCGGCCGAGUAUUUGCCCGUCGAUGGCCAGCCAAGAUCAGUCCCCUGUUACGGCCGAUGAAACGGAUCGCGGACGUUCGGCUUCCAACCCGACUUUGCUGUACGGAGGAGGUCGCAACGCCCCGCUGACCCUGGCCAAAGCCACCAUUGUCAAACAAAUAAUGACCCGCGUUAAAGAUGCCGGAUUAUCUGAGCUUCCAUCGUCGUGCGUGGCCAAAAAAGCCGGAUCCAUUUACGCUAGUUGUCACUCUCAAGACGACGACCUCAACAGCUCGGUGGAGGAGUUCCGCAGCGCCAACACCAGCCUGGACGAGGAUGAGGCACCGUCGCGAGCAGCCGCCCUCAAUCGGAUGCAACGCCGCCGCAACUCGACCGACAGGAAUGGCAACGAUCAACUGAACAAGUCGAGAGGUUCCAGCAGCGAAUCCGACAGCAGUGCGGAGAAUGGUCGGCCACAGUCACGCGGAUUCGCUCUGGAUAGCAACAAUGAAGAGGAUUCGUUCAGCGGUGACGGGCUGGAGCGUGAGAAGCGUUGGCUGGAACAUUUCCGCGAGAGGAGAGGCCCCCGAAGCGCUCGCAGCGGUUUGAAAGAUUCUUCUUCCUCUUCUAAAGAUUCUUCCCGCUACAGUUUCAGCACUGAAUUCAGUUCAGAACUGGAUGAGCUCUACGAUCAGUUCAGCCACUGGCUGGACGAUCCCAACGGCGGCGAGUCGGUGCAGCAAAACGGCCGCAAUGCGGCAGUGUUCCGCUUUGCUCACGGAUUAUUAAAGCGAGCUUUGAGCGACUCGUUCGCCAGUGUAGCGCUCAGUAUCGAAAACUUGUCGGCCCAUCCGGAGACGCUGAUGAAAGACAUCAAACUGGCGGCCUCGAGCGAAAGUCGACGCGGAUCGACCAAGCGCUCCUGGAGCCUGAACGAACACGUCGGAGACGAGCGAUUGGCUCUGCAAUUGGCCAAAGAGAUGGUGGAACGAGAAACGCUGAUGGAGGAGCAAGCUCUGCCGAUGCCGGACAUUGUUCCUCUACUACCGGUGGACGCCAUCGAGGAGGAGGAGACGCUGGACGAGCCGGAAGAGCCCCAAAAAAUGGCGACCAAGAAGAAGGGCAACAGCAAAUCGAAAAUGGCGUGUCAGCUGAGCUCGCAGCAUUCAGUGGAGAGAGUGGUGUUACUUGAUCGGAUGUCACCAGUGGAGAGCGAAGUCGGGACGGAAUUGCUUCUGCACGGAGUGGGGAGAUGUUGCGAGGCCAUCAGCGAAUCUCAAUCGAACCGUUCGAGCAACGCCGGCGAAGACUCCGAGUCGCAGACGCCGACGCCGAUGAAUCCGACGCCGCCGCGCACCCGCCGCGGCUCGUGGUUCUUCAAAAAAUCGCGCGAACAGCGGCAUCAGAAUCCGAGCAUCAAGCAUCAGAGAGCUCGUUCCAACAGCGUGCCCACCGUCAUGGAAUUGUCGCAAUUGAGUCUGUGGCAACAGCAGAUGGCGGAGCAAUUGAAGCAGAGUCUCAUUCCGGAUAUCAUUGUAUCCGACGAGAAUACGGAAGACGACGAGUGUUUCACGCCCGGCCAGCAGAGUCAGAGACGCCAUCGCAGCUACGAUGAUCAAUUGCAAAACUUCGCCCAAUCUAGCGAGUCGCUGCUCAGCGAUGAUGUGGUGGAAGGAUUCAGCUGGACGAUGGCGGAGACCAUCAUCGAGGACAUCAUGAAAGAGAUCGGCUCGAAGCAGACGCAACUCUCGUUGCCCACGCGUCACAAUGCCGCCGGUGGAGUGGGGAAAACGGGCCUUCACAAUCCGCUCAAGAUGGCCAACAAAUUGCCCGGCAAGAGCAUCUUGAAAAUAUCUAGCAACGACUCGUUGCAUCGCAGUCAUAGCGGAUCGCUGGAACAACCGCAGGAGAAUGUCGAACGUCCGACUUUCGCCAUUCACAAGACCAUCGCUGAGCAUAUGGCCGAACAGCAGCAUCAAAACGCUCCGAUGUCGUGGUCACAUCGCAGCACAUCGAUGCCCAGUCUGAGGGCAAUCGACGAACUCGAAUCUCUCAAUACAUCCAGCAUUCUUGAUGAGAGCGAGACCAUUCAAACGUCGAACGGCAACCAAAGGGAUGAUGAGAAACAAUUCGGCCAGGUUAAUGGUGGCUUACUGCCCAUUAUUACUGGUAAUUGGGGCUGCGGAUCAUCUGGCGGCGGAGACGCUCAACUGAAAUCCAUGCUCCAAUGGCUGGCAGCUUCGCGAUCCGGCGCUCCUAGUCUUGUUUAUUACACGGCCGGAGCUAGUUCCGUCGUCAAGCUGGAUAUUGUCUGUCGAGUAAUUAUGGAUCGGCAAUGGACUGUCGGCGAUUUAGCCGGGGCCCUGCUGCGCUACUGUCGGGCACGUCUCGAUCCUCGUCGGCUGGACUUGAUCAGCCGCCUGGAAACGCAUUAUCAGGCCGCAAUAGCCGGGAGUUCUUCGGGAGUUGAUGCCGCAGACGAACGGCAAAUCAGUCUUUCAACUUGUUCGGAAUGUCCCGGAUCGAAUCCUGGAACGGACCGACUUCUUUUCGACGAGCUUCUUGGCCAAUAUCCCCUCAAACAAACCGAACUGUGACAUAUCUUACAGCCUACACAACAAUUCAAUUCAAAAUUGAUCGUCUAGACGCUUGAUUUACAGUGUGAGGAGAUGCAUUCAAAGUCAUCAACGGGCCAUUAAGACGAUAUGUCCGCAAAACGAUAUGUCCCACCCGGAUAUACUAUCUUUUUGUCAUAUUUCUAAACGCAACUUCUUUAGGAGGAUGAAUUCAUGUUUAUUUUUCUCUUUGUUUCAUCGAGACCCAAUUGUUUUCUUUUUGUUCUGUUUUUUUUUUUUUUUAUAUAAUUUUAUUUGGAUUUUUAAUUUUCAAAAAUUUAGAUGACGAAAAAAAAAAAAGGGGGAAAUUUGUCGCAUCUUGGAAGUAACUGGUUCAACCAGUCCAGUGAGGCUGCUUCACACACGUGAAUAUUAUAAAUAGAUUGGUUAAACGAAUAAUACAGCAAUUGUCGAAAUAAAA